AUGCCGGAUUUCAUACAAAUCAGCUCAGGAGAAGGUCUAUAUGUACCCGGCUUUGGAACCUCAUGUAUUCACACAAAAAAAGACAACUCAAUACAUACAAUCUUGCUAGUCACUUCUUCUUACCAUUCUUGCAAGCAACUAUUCAGGAUUGGCCUGGAGUUAACCCACCAAUCCGACACUUGCUCUGGCUGUCUAGCUGAAAAGCCCUUGGAGCAGUUCAAAAGCAAAACUGGCAAUCGCACAUUCAAGACUUGCUCUACGUGUCGUGAGAAAAGACAAGAUCAACGAACUGCCAAAAGAAAGAACAACGAAGCAGACGUCUCUGAGCCUCCAGUUGAGGAUACUCAUACUAUCGAGGAGAGCCAACAGGCUAGUACCUCGUCUCCUGCUCCCUCUUUCCAUUUUCGAGGUGCUCAUUCCCAGGACACCUCACAAGUUGCUGAUGCUCGUCGGCGUAGAGAGCAAGAUCGACGUGCUCAUCGUGCUGCACGACGGGCUGGGGAAGACGUGCCUCCCACUCAGGAUUUGGAUACGUACUUGCUGAGCAAGAGCAAGAAAUUCCCCCUUCUGCUCAACAACCACUCCCAUCAACUCCUCGGAUGGAGAGUCAAGUUUUGUCUACACCAGAUCCCCUCGCUAUCACGGUCCAGCACCAGCUCUCUGCCACCAUACCGAGGCCGCGGCAGUCAUCUUAGUUUUGGGCCCCAAAUGACGCCCCGUCGGACGCUCCUUUCGAAUCACUUUAUCUGUACAGCAUGCCAUAAACCACGACAUCCGAGCCGUCGUAUCGCAGAAGGCGUUGAUACUUGCCAAUAUUGUCAGGAUCUAACCAUUCCCGAAGACCAACAAUACCAAGUUUGUGUCAGUGGAGACCAUGAACCCCCCAAAUCCGCCUUCAUUGAUGACCACGGGAUCGAACAUGAUAUUUCCAAUUCGUGCCUCACCCAAUUUGUGACCCCUAUGGAUACUGACCCUUCGUUUCACCCUAUUAGUAGCGCGGCGAGCAGCCAACCCCGGCGCCCACGUGAAACUAACCGCCGUGCAUCAAGAACUAUUCCUCGUCACGAUCUGAACCAACCCGAUCCUCCAUAUGUCCCAGGUGACCCCGGCAGCCUUAGUCAACCUGCUUUGACGGAAACCGACUGGGGGUAUAUUACUGCAUUCCAUAAUGCUCUACAGCAGCAUAGAAUGGAGAGGUGCAUUGUCUGCGAUGAGAAAUGGUUUAACAUGCGACUGACAUCUGACAAUAUUUGUGCACGUUGUGUCAAUGCUGAUAGAAACCAGGAUACCCCUCUGUAUGGUGUUGCGAAUAACUUGAAUCCUGGUGAUAUGCCUGAUCUGCCCGAACUUUCGCAAACAGAGGAGAUGCUUAUUGCCAGAGUCCAUGUAUUCGUGGAAGUCCGUCGAGUUCGAGGGCAGCAAUACAAGUAUAGCGGGCACGUCGUUAAUUUCCUGAGAGACACGGCACGCGUUUACAACACCCUCCCUCUCCUUCCUAGGAACCUCGAAAUCAUCUUGCUACGGCCAGCCAACGCUUCCACGGAUCCUCGUCUACAAAGACAAUUCAUUCAUGACUUCCGUGUUCGCCGAGAGCGUGUCCUCAAAUGGUUGUCAUUUCUACGCCAAAACCAUCCCGGAUAUCGAGAUAUUGAAAUCUCCACCGCCGCCCUCGAGCUUCUACCACUAGACGGUGAUGUUGUAGACCAGGUUAUCAAUAAGUCACUUGAUCCAGUUCAAAUAAGUGAUAGCGCUGAUACGGAGGUCAUUGAACCUCCAGAAGUAUGUGCAGUGCCAGAUCUCCUUGCUCAAGAGGAUGAAAUGUCCGCAAUUCGCAACCAAUUGCAGCCUGAGGAGUCUUGUCAACAACAUAUGGAAUUUCCCCCCUUUAGAUCAACGCCUAUUGCAGAGUUUACACGCAGUCAGCCACUACUGUCAUGGGCGUUCCCGGCUCUUUUCCCUCGUGGGGAAGGAGAAUACAUACAUCCACGACAGCGGACUGUCAGCUUUGCUGAUUAUGCAAAACAUUUGAUGAAGUUUCAUGAUGGACGUUUUGCCCGCCAUCCACGUUUCCGCUACGUUGUUUUCAAUACAAUGAUGAGACAACAGGCCAACACCAAAGCUAGCUUUUUUGUCAAGCAGAAAACCAAGGAUGGGCGUGAGAUUACUGCAGAUGAUUUACGUCUAGCUUUUGAGGAUGACGCUCCAGAAGGUGAAGCAUUACUUAACUCGAUCACUCGCCGAUCUGGGACGCUUCGGGGGACACGUCCUUUUUGGACAAGCAAACACCAACACCUCAAAGCAAUGGUGAAGAAUAUUGGCCCUUCACACCUUUUCGUGACUUUGUCCGCUGCUGAUUUACAUUGGGCUGAUCUCAUGCGACAUCUCCCGGAUUUUGAGCAAUGGAAAGCAGGUACCAGUUCAGAGCGGAUUCAAAUUGCACGCGAUAACCUUCGAGACAACCCUCACAUCGUCGCUCAAUGGUUUUCAUUCGAUACAAUACAUUUCGAAAAGAGGUUUUGGACAAAAGAUUCAAUGUCACUGAGAACUGGAAUCGCUUCGAAUGGCAAGGACGUGGCUCGGUACAUAACCAUGGUCUAUACUGGGUUGACGGUGCUCCCAAUUCAGAGGUCGAAUCUUUGUCCCUCGAACUUCGUCAAGCCUUCGCUAACUUUUGGGGAAAACACCGUCCGUAACUGUUCGGCAACUGCUAAUCGCGUCGAAAGACAUAUUUGUAGCGAAAAAUAUGGUCUCCGGAAGGAAAAGGGGUCGGACGUUAUAUCCUGUCGCUUUCACUUUCCGCACGAACUACGGACAGAGCCUUUUGUUGACCGCGCUCCAGGGCACCAAUACUACCGUUUCUAUCCCAUUCGCAACGAUGCAAUGAUAAAUGCUUGGAAUCCCUGUAUACUCAUGGGAUGGUUGGCCAAUAUCGGUAUCGCACCAUGUACCGGGAGCAAAGCCCUGUUGGAUUACAUUGCCAAGUACGCGUCAAAGGCUGAGAAGAAAACCGAGUCUUACAAGGAUACGAUGAAAGGCUUUUUACCUAAACUCAAUCCUCAGAACCCUUUUCUUCUGCUUCGAAUCUGUAUCAAUGUCGACUGUCGCCCUGAGGAGGUUCAUUCCGCCGCAUUUGUUCCCGUUGAGCCCGAGAUUGAAGGUGAUGAAACCGUCCAGCGAGGACUUUCACCAUUGGAAAAAUAUAAACGCCGUUUUCCACUGUUCGAAGAUUUAUCUUACUUCACCUUCUUGCGUGAAUUUGAUUUCCGGAAUUGGAGGCAAAUCUACAAGCGUGAUGCCCCGGCUAGGGUCCUCAACUAUUUCCCGCUGUACGAUUCGGACAAGCAGCCUGAAGACUACGCGCGCGUGAAAUUAAUGAUGCACCACCCCUUCCCUGAGAUCAAGGACUUGCUGGAGAUAGACGGUGACAUAUUCGAGUCUUAUGCUGCUGCGUAUGAAUUUUGCAGUUAUGCCCAUGUUCAUGAGGAUGAUUUUUAUGACGAGGUCCUUACUCAUCCGGAAGCAACUCACGAGGAUUCAGACUCAGAGGACGAGGAAAUGCCGCAGUCAUGGGAGGCACUGGCUCGACAGCUGCCUAAUCGAGAUGACGCCACGAGAGUUGAAGACCCCGAUAAUAUUGGAGAUCGUACGGUUGACAGAGAGAUGGAUUGGACUCCACACGUUGGUCGUCAUUCGGAACUGGAGGAUAACUUUUGGAUGACGUUGAAAGCCGACAAUCCUGCCGACAUGACCGUGGAAUCCUCUGCAUCCUAUGAAGGGCUUGAGAUCAAACAGCGUCAAAUCUAUGAUGUAGUCUGUGGUCAUUACCAGAUGCAACUAAAUGGAGAGGAUCCUCCCCAUACACUGAUCAACCUUGACGGUAGAGCAGGGACUGGAAAGUCUCAUGUUCUAAUGUUCAUCUCCGCUACUCUAGAUCGAAUAGCAGAAGACGCUGGCCUCGAGAAGUCACCCGUCAUCCGUGCAGCCCCAACAGGUGUGGCCGCAUACAAACAUCACUGGCUAUACACUUCAUUCGCUAUUCCGUCUUCCAAUCGGUGUAGGUUAAAAGGCUAUCUUACUCCCGAGAACCGUCAAGCCCUGCAGGCAAUAUUUCGGGGUGUUAGUUGGCUGAUCAUUGACGAAAAAUCUAUGAUUGGACUCAAACAGGUUUACUACAUGAAUCAACGGUUGCAGGAGAUAUUUCCAGCGUCAGAUUCCGAGUCCGUUAAACCUUUUGGAGGUCUUAAUAUAAUACUGGCUGGCGACUUCUAUCAGCUUCCUCCUGUCGGCCAGAGAGCUCUGUAUUACAACAAGAAACUAGACAACCUAGAGGAAAUCCAUGGACGUGCUCUCUAUCACGAUUUUCGGUCAACAAUCGAACUUGAUGUCAUACGGCGCCAAGAGGGAGCUGAUCCCACCUCUAUUGCAUUCCGUGAUGCUCUAGAUCAUCUCCGCAUUGAUCAGUUGACGUUCAAGGACUGGGAGCUGCUUUGCACACGCAUACAGGCAAUGAUUCCGACAGAGGCUGUCAAUUUCAAGGAUGAUAUCCGACUAUACUCCAAAAAAGCAGAGGUCCGUGAAUACAAUCACAAGCAGCUCCGGGAUAUAGGGAACCCUGUCCUCCGAAUCCUAGCAACUCACCAGGGCUUAAAGGCCGACAAAGCUUCUACUGAAGAAGCUGGCAAUCUGCAUUCGGAAAUACACGUCAAUAUCGGAUGCCGUGUCAUGUUGCUAGAGAACAUAUGGACACAAUGUGGGCUUGUGAAUGGGGCUAUUGGUACGGUUAUGGAUGUCAUUUGGCAUUCCAAUGUUACUAACCCUCGAGAGACCCCUCCAUUUGCUCUUCUUAUUCAUUUUGAUACAUACAAAGGUCCUGAGUUUUGCACCGUUGACGGCAAGAAAGUUGUGACAAUCUUUCGUUCGAAGAGAGACUUCGCCAUAAGCAACAUCAACUGUUCAAGAACGCAGUUUCCAAUAACUGUGGCUUAUGCCAUUACCGUUCACAAAUCCCAAGGAAUCACUGUUCCCAAGGCUGUUCUAAACAUCUCUGAAAGGGACUUCGCUGUUGGGCUUACAUAUGUAGCCUUAUCUCGUGCUAAAAAUUUAGAUGGCAUCAUGUUUGAAGAACCGUUCGACUUUGAAAAGUUCAAACGAAGCAAGCCUAAUCCGACUAUGGUUAUGAGACAUGAAGAUGCGAAGCGACGAGCAGAAGAACAUCAUGACUACAUUCCACUUCCGCCUCAACCUCCAUCUGUGCCUCAAUCACAAGUCCUAACUAUCGAUCUGCCAAUUCGUACAUCGUCACCUCAGCGAGAGACCUCUGUCAUCCCGUGGGCCUCAUCGCAGACUCCUCCCGACGAUGAGACUGACGACGAGCUUGCCUAAUUAUCGUCCCCGCCGCCGCCGCAUCGUUGCAUCGUCCUUAC